UCACGGUGACAUUUGUUUGACAAAACGGUAAACUGAAAUUUGAAAACUUUUCUCAACGAUUUCAUGCAACUGCUUGUAACGAAUUUGUAUUUAUUUCGAUAAUUUGCUAAAUUUGAGCUCUGAAAAUGGGUGAUUCAUUAUUCGAUAUCUUUGGCGACCGCUUGAUGAGGCAAGCUGUGAAAAAUGUAGGGCGCCAACCUUUAUCCAACAACGAAAAUGUGGGUAAAACCGUGUUAAACGCGCCCAUAAAACCCAACGAACCUAUGAAGAAGGGUGACGCAAAGAAGUCGUUUCUCUCCAACACCGGGAAGGCUCUGCAGAGUACUCCAGCGCGCCAAGUGUUCACGCCUCGCGCGGUGAACGUCGGCGCGCUGAUAUACAGCGACCCAGACCCGGACGUCAAGGAGUUUAAUAUGGAGGAGCUGGAGUUCACCAAACCUUCAUACAAAUAUGACAACUACCACACCGACAUCCAUGACUACCUCAACCUGCCGACACCAAAACUGAUGCCCGAGCUGUCUCCCCCCAACACGCCCCCACCGACGCUCGGCAGGCACUCUAUGGAGCUGGACAACUCGUACCAGGACGAGUUCUUUACUGAUGAUUUCUCAAAUGAAAGUAUUCAGGAUGAAGAUCUUGGCCUUCCAGACUUAUAUUGAUAACAUUAUUUAUAGAUUGCAUAAUAAUGUAUAGACAUACGGCAUUUGUAAAGCCUUUGAAUUAAUAAAUAACAACUGACAAUAAUUGCUUAGCAGUACAAUUAUUUACCUUAAUUUUGAGCAUCAUUUUAUUCAAGUUUUUAUUCAAGUUAUCCAUUUCAUGUGAAUUAAAUAGUGUGCUCAAAAUAAAGAAUUGUUCUAAAAAUAUAAAAGUGUAUGCUCUACUACAGUACAGUCCAGUAUUAUGUAUUUGUAAUUAAUAUUGAUACCGCCUUGUAAAAUAGUUUAAGCAGCUAACUUAUAAUAAAUAUUUGGAAAAUAAGUAA